AUGUCUCGCAUACAAAUUCGAUCAUUUGCUCUCCUGUCUGGUCCGUAUAUCUGUCCAUCCUGUCGGCAAGCCGCUGGAGACUUCUCAAGGCAGAAGGAUCUUCGACCAUUACACGCGGCACCUGCUCUACUUCUCCCGCGGCGCCGCGACUUUUUCUCAUCUAACUCAGUCUUGAGGCAGCAAGUACAAAACCCCGAUGGUUCGAAGGAUAAGCAGCUUACGCAAUCCGACAAUGGCGAAGUUGCGCAGAUACCAAAGAGAAAGGGGGCCCGAGCUUCGGCUGCAAAAACAUCCUUGCGUCGAGUAGCUGUGGAAGCCCAACGAUCCAAAGACAGCUCGCUAUCCAAAUCACAGUCGGUGGGCCAGGAGGCCCAAACAGCCAGGUCGGUCACUGCGUAUGCUGUGGCAGAGCAAUUCAAUUUGGCGAAAGUGGAUGAAAUCCUUAGAGCUCAGGGAUACGAACCAGAUCCUUUCAACACAGGUCUAUAUCCGCAAUUCACACAUAUUCAAGUUCCCCUCUCGUCCAUCCACCGUAGCGCGAAGACCUCAACCAAAGCACUAUCGUCCAAGGAGAUUGGUGAUGUGUUCAUAUUUCCAUCUGGCACCCUGGUCAGCUGGUCGCUGCCCGAAGCUUUCACUGCGUAUUUUGCAACACGAACUUUAUUACCUGCCGCAGAAGGUCCGCAUGUCAACGAAGUCGAAUUUGAAGAUCUGGAUUACGUCGAGGAUCCGUCUCGAGAGCACAGCAGUAUUAAGGGAGACACUAUCAUUUUGGGUACAAAGCAGGACUCAGCAACCGAAGGUGAUAGUCGUAACAUAAACUCUGUGCUCACCAAAGUCGCAUUUUCGUCUGGGUUUGCUAGGAGUACCAAGCUUGCUGUUCUUGAAACAAUGCUUCUGGACUACUUCAAUUCCACCCGAGACAUCCCUACAUUCCUCUCCCGUGGCUCACGACUACCAUACAAUAGGUCUUUCAUUCUGCGCAAGACCGGUCAGCUUCUGUCCUUGAGAGCUCAGUUGAAUCUCUAUUCGGAACUCACCGACUCAUUACCGGACCUCUUCUGGGACUCUCGCCAUGAGCUAGGUCUUGAGGGCUACUAUGAUCAAGUGGGAAGAGCUCUCGAUGUUGGUAUUAGGAUCAAGGUGUUGAAUGAGAAAAUGGAUUAUGCUCAAGAAAUAGCAAGCGUGCUGCGAGAGAGGUUAAGUGAGAAGCAUGGCCUGGUUUUAGAAUGGACCAUCAUCACAUUGAUCGCGGUAGAGGUCGGGUUCGAGAUAUUAAGGCUUUGGAAAGAGGGCUGGCUGCAAGAGAGGGAGCAAGAACGUGCAGAAGAGUGCAGCAAGUUCGAGGCUGGAGGGCGAUACCUAAUAUGCUUCAACUGUACUUCGUAUAUGUAUCUACCAUGUAGCAAUAGGCAAGGCCACUCGAUGUAG